CAACUAUAUGCGGAUAUAGUCACGUGAUCUAUAAACUCACUAUACGAUGCUCCGUACACAACGACAUGGUUCUUCAGAACUUUUCCUCCUGGUAGUCGAGGUGAAUAGGAAUCUUCAAGUUCCGUACCCCAUGAAGCGCUUACUCUGAUCUGGAGCCUGUUCUGUCAGCAUCCUGCAGGCACGGCAUCUUCCAGGAUUGGUUACCACAUUCAUUGCUGAUUCGUCAGAGUUGCAGAUCCGCUUUCGCCGAGUCUUCUUAAGGUCCUCAAUUGCUUCGAGGAUGUCACUCGAUUGAAACACCUUCAUUUGAUCGACUUUUCCGAGUGUCCUAGUGAAGCAACCUAACCUAUCAGCCUGCUACGCCGAUCAACCCAAGCGGAAUACCGAGCAUCGUGAUGGUUCAGGGGCAGUGGAAACGCGUCCUAGACGCAGAGGAUAUCAAGCGAUCGUCACAUGCCAUUUCGGUGGCCGGGGAUAGAGCUUACAUCUUCGGUGGUGAACUCCGACCUCGUGAACCUGUCGAUAGAGAUAUCCACGUGGUCAAGCUGAAUGCCGGGCAGGAUGGAUCCGAUAUCAUCUCAAGGAUCUCUCCCUCUGAGAUGGCUCCUUCGCCCCGAGUUGGGGUGCUCUCGACAGCGCUGAAAGGGAAGAUAUAUGUCUUCUCGGGCCGUGGAGGUGUUGCCAUGAGUCCAGUGGAUGAGAGCGGGUCUUCAUGGGCUUUCGAUACCGUUCAGAGUCAAUGGGCUAAAGUCUCGCCCAAGGACGGAGAUGCGUCCUACCCUGAAGGCCGAAGCUAUUACGCUAUGACCAACGACGGCAACGACACCAUCUUCGUUCAUGCUGGCUGUCCCGAGAAAGGGAGGCUGUCGGAUCUUUGGUCGUUCAACAUCAAUGAUUGCACAUGGAAGCACCUUGCUGAAGCGCCUGCGCCUGCCCGAGGUGGACCGUCGAUCGCAUUCUCUGAUGGAAAGCUGUACCGCAUGAAUGGCUUUGACGGAAACACUGAACAAGGCGGGAACCUUGACGUAUUCGAUAUUGCCGAGGACCGUUGGACAACGAUCUCUUACGUGCCUGAUGGUCGAUCCGGCCCCAUUUCUAGAAGUGUAAGCUGCCUUCUUGCUGCAGUUUUAGCUGGAACGCCGAUUCUGAUCACCAUGUUCGGCGAGAGUGAUCCUAGCAAUCUUGGCCAUCAAGGCGCUGGAAAGAUGUUGGAAGAUGUCUGGAUUUUCGAUAUUACCGCAUCCACGUGGUCAAAGUUGGAGGUAUCUGGAGCUGAGCAACCUGCUCCCAGAGGCUGGUUUGAUGCCGACCUCGUUCAAAGCUCAUCUAGGCCCAACAUUGUAGUCCACGGCGGCCUUGCUGAAUCCAACCAGAGGCUUGGGGACGUCUGGAUUCUUGAGCUUCGCGAAUGACCGAUGCAGGCUCCAAUAUACAUGAUUAGCCUAAUAAUUUGUAGCUGACUUGCAUUAAUGCAAUCGUCUGUGCUACGGGACUUUCUAUAUUGAUACGCUGCCCUAGGCUGUCCGAGCUCUCCAUGGCUCCAUCAACCCGGGCAUUCGCCAGUUGAGUAGGUGCUGGCCAUGCAGGAAGGUUUUGGAACACCUACACGAAGCCUCGGUGUACUGCGGUCUUACAGGUAAAUCGUGUAAUAUGGCGCUAGGGUGUCAUUCGACGACAAACAGCAGCGAGGACAAUUUGUGUGGCAGGCGGGCCUCCUGUUCAAGCGGUGCCCAACUGCUGCUUCGUCGAUUCAAGGACAUAGUACACAAUUGUCUUCCAGGGGUUCUUUUUCGUUCACAACUGGGAACGAGGUUAGCAUGUUUCACAG